AUGCGCCGGCACAACCUUAAUCCGAAGAAGCAUAGCAUCAUUGCUGUCGCGGAAUGCUCUCACCUCUCCAUAGCGCUCGGGUCUAUAACUCCAAAUGACUUCCAUGUGGCUCAAACAACCCGCCUAGUCCACAACCUCGAGCCCGCUCCAGGCAUACGGUUCUCCAACCGCAGAGCCGCAGUGCCAGCAGACUGGUCCGAUGAUGUGGCGCCUUUGGAUCAAGAAUUAGGCGCUACGGUGGAGGUAUUUGCACACAAGUCCGGUGUGAAUUGCCUGGCUAUUGAUCAGUUUGAAGGCCGAUAUAUGAUAUCUGGGGGUGCCGAUCCAUCGAUUCAUCUCUGGGACCUUGAAUCAAGAGGCUCAGAACUCGAACAUGUCCAUCAGUCGUGUGCGAGUGUGAGUAAAUCCUCCCACGCCGACGCGCAUACACAUGCAAUCACAUCGCUUUCGAUCUACCCGUUCGAUCCUGUCCCAUCAACGAUCUUCUCAACGGCACAUGAUGGUACAUUGAAACUUUCAGCGCUACAAUCGCCUUCUAUAACUCCCGUACAUACAUUCAACCUCGACUGUACACCUUAUUCGCACUCGUUCUCUUCUCAGGCUGGGUCUACGCUGCUUGUCGCAGUGGGAACAUCCGAGCGGUCGGUCCGACUAGUAGAUUUACGGUCCGGACUGUCAACACAAGGAUUACCAGGGCACAAUGGUGCGGUUUUAUCAGUAGAUUGGGCACCUCAUCGACCGCAUCUGCUGGCUUCUGCUUCGGUCGACAACCGGGUGAUCAUUUUCGACGUACGUCGUGGAGGUCACAACUCCGCCAUCGCGACCCUGGAUAUGGACGACCCAGUGGGACUGGCAACACCAGGAACGGGCUCUGUGCCAGCUUCGUUUGAGAGUCGUCCAGCCUUUUCUCGUCACGCCCGUGCCCACAACGGACCGGUAACAGGAGUACGGUGGACCUCGAAUGGCAGCCACAUUGUGACAACGGGGCAAGACUCUCGAAUCAGAGUAUGGGACUCUACGACAGGCGCUAACACAUUGGUACAUUUCGGUCCCCGUGUCCGUAAUAGCUCUUCCUCGCACCUAGCUGAACGGGCACCCUUGAUGAUACCGAGAGGAUGCAUGAACACCGGACAUGAGACUUUACUGUGGUCGAACUUCAAUGAGCAGGAUGAUCGUGGUGAGAUCUUUAUGUUUGAGCUUCGCGAGGGAACGUUCAUCAAACGUCUCCGUGUCCCAGGUCUCACGACCGGGUCGCAGAAAGUUCGGGGUCGGUCGAGUGCCCUAAGUGCCGCGCGUAUUAAUGACCUCGUGUGGCGGGGCAACGGUGCCUCUGGAGAAGGAAUAGAACUGUUCUCUGCGCACGGUGAUGGAACGAUACGGACAUGGGUGUCGCAUGAACCAGAUGGCGAACCUACUGAAACCGAGGAAGCAGCCCAGGCCGAUCGGAAGAGGAAACGAGAUGUUCUAGAGGAGAUCUAUCAAGGAUUUCUCGGGCCUGAUCAACCCAGGCUGCGAGUGUAA